ACUCUCAGGCAGUCGGUGUCAUGCAGCAGCCCAUGCAGCCUGUAGCACCCCCUGUUGCCUUGGAGACCCACCCCAUGAACUUAUCUCCUGUGCCACCUACCGACCCCUUGGUCAGGAAGCAGGUUGUGCAGGACUUAAUGGCACAAAUGCAGGGAACAUACAACUUCAUGCAGGACUCCAUGCUGGAGUUUGAUGGACAGCCCAUUGACCCAGCCAUUGUAUCAGCACAGCCCAUGAAACCUGCUCAGAGCAUGGACCUACCACAGAUGGUGUGUCCUCCAGUUCACCCUGAGUCCCGACUGUCACAGCCCAACACUGUUCCUGUCCAACCUGAGCCUACACAAAUCCCUAUCAUCUCCCCAACACCGCCCCCGCUGUAUCAGACCUCGCACACACCAGAUCCUCAACCUCCAACAGAAUCAAUCGACCCCAUCCAGACCUCAAUGUCGUUGACGUCAGAGCAGCCUCCCCCCCUCUACAGCUCUGUCCCCGGCCUCUCAGACACAGGUUUUCCAGCCUGUUUCCAAAUCUCCUCACAGCAGUGGCAUCAAUGUCAAUGCAGCACCAUUCCAAUCAAUGCAGACAGUGUUCAACCUCAAUGCCCCAGUCCCACCAGCUAAUGAGACAGAGGCUUUGAACCAGGCCAGCCAA